UCACUUUACAUCCGUUCUCAGUUUGAGUGAUAGCGCCUUUUGAAGUGAAACUCAUCGAGAAGGAGAAGCGUUAAAAUGUAUUCAAUUGAAAUACCUGAGACCAUCAAUCAGUUACUUGAAACCUUUUAUCGAUUGAGAUUAUGGAGCCAUAAAGACGUACGAGCUUAUGGCGAACAGACUCUUAAUAAUCUUCAUUUUAUUCUUUUGGUUUCGUUUAUGAUAUCAGUUGGUAUCGGAGCCUAUACGGCCAACGAUAAGGAUGAAGGAAUCUAUUUAGCAAUCGUAACAGUUGCAUACGCUGUUUUAGUCCAUCGAUUACUGUUCAUUAUUUGGCGAAAAGAUGGAUUUCUAGCGUUGAUACAGCAAAUAGGCACAUAUCACACUGAAUAUCGAAAGGAAUUCGUUGAAUUUAACAAUAAUUUAAAUUCAUUCAUGAAAUUCAUUCGCUUGUACGAUUCCAUGUUAAUAAUUGGUUCUUUCCCUGCGAUUGUUGUGUAUCCGAUUGUAAAUGCGAAACAUUCACUAAUAUUCAAUAUUGCAUUCCCUCUGGACCGGUCUCGUUUAAGUAACAUUGGAUUUUGGCUAUCGUAUGCAUAUACUAUACUGGGUGCAUUUUAUGCAGUGAUCUGCACUUUUUUUAUAAACUUGGUUUGGUAUUUGAUGUGCAGCCUUACCAUUGAAUAUAAAUUGUUGGGAAACCAAAUGAGACAGGUGGGGACUAUCAGAACAGGAAAAGAUGUUCGGAAGAUUUCGAAAGCAGAAAAACAGAAUCUUUUCCGCAUAAAACUUAAUGUGGUGAUACAAACUUAUGAAAGAAUCAAUGGUGUAUUUGGAGAAUUUGAAUCAUUUUUCGGCAAUUCACUUUUUCUGCAAGUCGCUACUGGUAGUGCUUGCAUCUGUGGUGGACUUUAUGCGUUGGCAUUUAGCUCACACGACGAUUUGGUACAAGACCUGUAUUUUCUAGCAUUUUUAAUGUACAGCAUUUUCGACAUUUUUAUGGUCUUGUAUUUGGGGAACGAAAUAAAGUUGGCCAGUGAUGAAUUAUCGACAUGUUUAUAUGAAUCCGAUUGGAUUGAACAGACAGAAUCGUACAAAAAGAGUAUCAUUAUUCUCACCGAGCGCUUGAAACAGCCGCAACAAUUGGUCGUUGGUAUAAUUUAUCCAUUGAAUUUGGAAACUUUCACUUCUAUUGUCAACGGUGCUUACACUAUGUUCAAUAUUUUGCAAAGCCUGCGCAACUAGCUGUUGAUACA